GCAGCCACUCGGCUGCGAGCGGGUCCCUCGGCGGCGGUGGAGGGGAGCUGCGCCGCGGGGCGCUCGGCCGGGGGCUGGGGAGCGCGGGCAGCCGAGCUCCGGGGAUUUAGCCGGCGCGGGGCUGUCUCCGAUGGGCUGGAGCCGGGGGAGGACGCGUGCGGAGCUCCGGGAGGCAUGCCCCAAACCCUGAGUUCUAUCAGUAUGUUCACCCCUUGUGGCUUCAGUCCUCAUCUGCACUCAGCAAAAGAAGAUGAUCAAGGAGGACUGAUCUUCCAGGAUGGAAACCUUGCCUCCGCAUCUCUUGAUGCUUUGAUCCAACAUCUUAUACCUACAACUGAUUACUACCCUGAAAAGGCCUAUAUCUUUACAUUCCUGCUGAGUUCAAGACUCUUCAUUGAACCUCAUGAACUUUUGUCCCGAGUUUGUCACAAGUGCGUUGAGCAGCAGCGACUGGACGACCCGGUGCUGGAUAAGGCGCGGAUCAGAAAAUUUGGGCCUAAACUCCUACAGUUGUUGACAGAAUGGACAGAAACGUUCCCCUAUGAUUUUCAGGAAGAGCGGAUGAUUGGCCAUUUGAAAGACAUGAUUGACAGGAUAGCCCCUUGUGACGAGGCCUAUUGGAAAAGGAUGAAUCAGCUUUUGCAAGCCCUGAAUCAGAAGCUUGCAACCCUUAGCCAUGGGCAAGAAGGAAUAGUCAAGAUCAAUGCUGCUGUCUCUGACAAGCUGGUUGCCUUUAAAAGUAAACCGCCAUCAAUUCAGAGAGAAAUCCUGACCGUCUGUAGCGACCCCUACACUCUGGCUCAGCAGCUAACACAUGUGGAAUUGGAAAGGCUAAGUCACAUUGGGCCUGAAGAAUUUGUGCAGGCGUUUGUACACAAAGACUCUUUGGACAGUACCAAGUCUUGUUUCAAUGAGCAAAAAAAGACUAGUAACCUUGAGGCCUAUGUGAAAUGGUUCAAUAGACUCUGCUAUCUUGUGGCAACAGAAAUUUGCAUGCCUGCGAAAAAGAAACAGCGAGCACAAGUCAUAGAGUUCUUCAUUGAUGUUGCCCGAGAGUGCUUUAACAUAGGGAAUUUUAAUUCACUGAUGGCAAUCAUAUCUGGGAUGAACAUGAGCCCCGUCUCCAGGUUAAAGAAGACCUGGUCAAAAGUGAAAACAGCCAAAUUUUUUAUUCUAGAGCAUCAGAUGGACCCUACUGGUAAUUUUUAUAACUACAGAACUGCGUUGCGAGGGGCUGCCCACCGAUCCCUCACUGCACACAGCAACAGGGAGAAGAUUGUGAUCCCUUUCUUCAGCCUAUUGAUCAAAGACAUUUACUUUUUGAAUGAAGGAUGUGCUAAUCGCCUUCCGAAUGGGCACGUCAACUUUGAAAAAUUCCUGGAACUGGCUAAACAAGUAGGCGAGUUUAUAACAUGGAAGCAAGUGGAAUGCCCAUUUGAACAAGACCAUAACAUCAUCCACUACUUGCAUACAGCUCCCAUCUUUACUGAAGAUGGUUUGUAUCUGGCUUCCUAUGAAAGUGAAAGCCCGGAGAACCAAAUUGAAAAAGAGAGAUGGAAAUCCUUAAGGUCUACUAUUUUAGGAAAGACUUGAAGACUCAGAUUAUUGCAGUACGGCAAGAAAAAAAUCAGCAAAAAUAUUUUGCACUACUGAUUCCAAAGAUGCCUAUUUGGGAUUUAGUUUUUAUUUUUCUUCCUUUUUAUUUUUGGACUGCUUAAUGUGAUGAACUGGAUUCAUCCAUUGAAAUUAACAGAAUUGACUUACCAUAUGCACAGUUAUGCUUUUCUAAUAACUCAAGAGAGGAAGGACAACAGAUAAUUUGUGGCCAUCCCAAAACUAUGUCAGUAUCACUGUAACCUUGUCUCAGAAGGAAACAAAACAAGAGCAAGGAGAGUCAUGGUGCUGCAACAGAGAAUGGUUGUCACUGGAAAACUAAAGACGCAGCGUGCACAUUUCAGAAGCAGGUGCUUAAAACAGCAGUGCCCUAAAUCCUUUCUGAGUAUUGUAAAAUCAAAUUUUGUCAAAUGCAACAGCAAUCUGGUUAAUUGCUAAGGAAGGAAAGAAGGAUUUUACUUUACAUCAGCAGCCUCCUGCCUUGUUGAACAAUGCACUGAUUUCAGCAAAGAUAAGCUGCCCAUGGAU